AUGUCGACCCUGGCCGACGAACUACUCCAGGACUUCGAGGACUUCGGCUCUGACGAAGAGGUCGCAGAUGAUGGCGCCAUCGAGGGCGAGGCGCCGACCAACGGCAAACCGACGAUAGGCGACAUGAGUGAGGGCGAAGAGGAGGAGGAAGAUGAGGAGAUGACGGAUGUGGUCGAUGAGGCCAAGAUUCUCGGCGACGAUGCCGAGGAGGCGAAGGUCAAGGUCGAGAAGAUGAAGUUGGGGGUUGUGAAGGACGUUCGGAGUGUGGCUACACUAAUGGAUACCCUGGGGCCCGUUCUAGAGAAAAUCGAAAAAUGCCGAUCUCAAGAACAAACGGCCGUUAUCGGAAACGUCGAGGAUCACCCCGAAUACCACCUCCUGACCCAAUCCAACAGCCUUUCAACCCACAUCGACAGCGAGAUCGUCCUCGUCCACAAGUUCAUCCGCGAUCACUACUCCGUGCGAUUCCCGGAGCUCGAAACCCUCAUCAGUAACCCCCUCGAGUAUGCCAAGGUCGUCGCCAUCCUGGGCAAUGGGCCCAUGGACGCCGAGGGCAUCAAGAAGCUACAAAAUUCUACGGAUAAUCCCCUAAAGAUCUCUCUACGCUCCGUCCUCGAUGGACCGUCGCUCAUGAUUGUCACCGUUGAGGCGACCACUACCAAGGGUCGCGAGAUGAGCCAGGAUGAGCUGAAUCGCGUACGAAGCGCUUGCCAGAUGAUUGUGUCGUUGGAUAAGGCCAAGACGACGCUCACCGAAUACGUGCAAUCGCGCAUGAACAUCUUCGCGCCCAACCUCACGGCCCUCAUCGGUUCUCUCACGGCCGCCCAGCUCCUGAAUGCCGCCGGUGGUCUUACGGGUCUUUCCAAGACGCCAGCCUGCAACAUCGCCGCUUGGGGCUCCAAGAAGCAGGCUACGCCCGGUCUAGCGACGAAUGUCGGUAUAAGGCAGCAGGGUUUCAUCUAUCACUCGCCUCUCAUUCGGGGGAUACCUAACGACCUAAAGAGGCAAGCCAUGCGCAUCGUCUCUGCCAAGCUCGUGAUGGCAGCCAGGGUCGAUCGCAUACACGAGAGCCCCAACGGAGCCAUCGGCGAACAAUUGAAAUCAGCAUGUCUCGAGAGGCUUGACAAGCUAACUGAACCGGCCGCGAACAAGGGCCAGCGAGCCCUCCCCGCGCCAGACGACAAGCCCUCGAGGAAGCGAGGUGGCAGACGAGCAAGGAAGGCAAAGGAAGCUACGGCCAUGACGGAUCUGCGCAAAGCACAAAACAGAAUGGCGUUCGGAAAGGAGGAAAAGGAAGUCGGCUACGGCACCGGCGAGGGAACGGCCGGUCUCGGCAUGAUCGGGCAGUCCAACGACGGCAGGAUCCGCGCGCUGCAGAUCGACCAGCGCACAAGAGCCAAACUCAGCGCCAAGCACAAGGGCUGGGGAGGCGCUACGCCCAUGAACGGCUUAUCGUCGUCUCUGCGCGGGUUCAACCAGGCGAGCUCGAACAUCGACUUGCGUGGAAGGGGACUUCGCACGUCGGGCGUUGGGAGCACCAUUGGUGGGAACAUGAGCACGGCGGGAACCGCAUCGUCACUUACGUUUACGCCGGUGCAAGGGUUGGAGCUCGUGGAUCCGAAGGUACGCGAGGAGCUUAGUAGGAAGAGGAAAGCGGAUGAGGACCGCUGGUUCAAGGGGGGUACGUUUACGCAGGUUGGGGGGUCUUCUUCCAACGGGGGGUUCAAGGUUCCGGACCUGCCUCCUAGCAAAAGGGUUGAUACGGGAGCUGGCAAGAUGUUACCGCCGCCUCUUCCUGUCAAGAAGUAG